AUGGAAGGAAACAAUCCAUUCAACUCUCGCUGCCUUCAAGAGCUUCAGGCUAAUGGUCAAACUUACAAGUAUUACAGUCUCCCAUCUCUCAAUGACGCUCGUUUAGACAAACUCCCAUACUCCAUAAGAAUUCUCCUUGAAAGUGCAAUCCGCAAUUGUGAUGAAUUCUCGAUCAAGUCUUCUGACGUCGAAAACAUCUUGAACUGGGCAACUACAAGUCAAAUGGACAUUGAAAUUCCAUUCAAGCCUGCACGUGUUGUUUUGCAAGACUUCACUGGAGUCCCAGCUGUUGUUGAUCUUGCUGCUAUGCGUGAUGCAAUGCUAAGGAUGGGAAAUGACCCUCAGAAAAUCAACCCUCUGUGCCCUGCUGAUCUCGUAAUUGACCACUCAAUCCAAGCUGAUGUGGCAAGAUCUCCAGAUGCCCUCAGAAUGAACGAAGAAAUCGAGUUCAACAGAAACAAAGAACGCUUUGAGUUCUUAAAGUGGGGACAAAAUGCUUUCCAGAACUUCUUGAUUGUCCCUCCUGGAUCAGGGAUUGUCCACCAAGUCAACUUGGAAUAUCUUGCAAGAAUUAUUUUUAAUUCUAAUGGGUAUUUGUACCCAGACUCAGUUGUUGGAACUGAUAGUCAUACCACCAUGAUUAAUGGAGCUGGUGUUGUAGGUUGGGGUGUCGGAGGAAUUGAAGCAGAAGCAGUCAUGCUCGGCCAAGUAAUUUCAAUGGUUUUACCACAAGUUGUAGGAUUCAGACUUACUGGAAAUCUCCCACAAACAGCAACUGCAACAGAUUUAGUUUUGACAGCAACUAAAAUGCUCAGACAAAGAGGAGUUGUCGGAAAAUUCGUAGAAUUCUUCGGACCUGGUGUUGAAGGCUUAUCCAUUGCAGACAGAGCCACAAUAGCUAACAUGUCCCCUGAAUACGGUGCAACUAUGGGCUAUUUCCCUAUGGACCACAAGACUUUGGAUUAUUUAAGAUCAUCUGGAAGAACUGACGACCAAAUUGCAUAUAUUGAAGCUUAUUUAAGAGCCCAAGGCUUAUUCAGAGAUUUCAAUGGUCCUGAUCCUGAGUUUUCAGGCGCAGUUUUAGAGCUUGACUUAAGUACAGUUGUGCCUUGCGUUGCUGGACCUAAGAGACCACAUGAUAGAGUCCCAGUCUCAGACUUAAAGAACGAUUUCUUGACUGGACUUACAGGACUAGUGAAUUUCAAAGGAUUCGGAGUUCCAAAUCCAGAUGCAACAGCCACCUUUGAUUAUCAUGACCAACAGACCACCAUUAAGCACGGCUCAGUUGUGAUUGCAGCCAUCACCUCGUGUACAAACACCUCAAAUCCUGACGUUAUGCUUGCUGCUGGUUUAUUAGCUAGAAAUGCAGUUGCUAAAGGGCUAACAGUUUCCCCUCAUAUCAAGACUACUUUGUCUCCAGGCUCAGGAGUUGUUACUAGAUAUUUAGAGCUUGCAGGUGUUUUGCCACAUUUAACUCAGCUUGGUUUUGCUUUGGCAGGCUAUGGAUGUAUGACUUGUAUUGGAAACAGUGGAGAUCUUGACGAAAGCGUCCAAAAAGCAAUUCAAUCUGAAGACUUAGUAGCUGCAGCUGUUUUAUCAGGCAACAGAAACUUUGAAGGAAGAGUAAACCCAUUCACCAGAGCCAACUAUUUAGCUUCUCCUCCUCUUGUGGUCGCUUAUGCUUUGGCAGGAAGAGUUGAUAUUGAUUUCGAGACUGAGCCAUUAGGCACUUUUGAAGGCGCCCCUGUGUUCUUACGUGAUGUCUGGCCGACCCGUGAUGCUAUUGCUCAAACAGUUUCAGAAGUAAUUAAGCCAGAAAUGUAUAGAGAAGUUUAUACAAGAAUUGCCCAAGGCACCCCAUCAUGGAACUCUUUACAAGUUUCAGAAGGGUUUUUAUAUGAAUGGAAAGCAGAGUCCACUUAUAUCCACAACCCACCUUUCUUCCUAGGUCUAACAGCAGAUGUCCCAGCAAUCAAAGAUAUUACUGAUGCUUAUGUUCUUCUUAAGCUUGGAGACUCAAUUACCACUGACCAUAUUUCUCCAGCAGGAAACAUUUCUAAGAACUCCCCAGCUGCAAGAUAUUUGACAUCCAGAGGAGUCCAGCCUAGAGACUUCAACUCAUAUGGCUCCAGAAGAGGAAAUGAUGAAGUCAUGGCAAGAGGAACUUUUGCUAAUAUCAGACUUAUCAAUCAACUUGUUCAGAACCCAGGCCCUCAAACUGUGCAUUUCCCAACUGGCGAAACUAUUGAUAUUUUUGAUGCAAGCCAAAGAUACCAACAGGACGGGCAACAACUCAUUGUGAUUGCUGGAAAAGAAUAUGGUUCUGGGUCUUCUAGAGAUUGGGCUGCUAAAGGACCAUUCCUUUUAGGAAUUAAAGCAGUCAUUGCAGAAAGCUAUGAAAGAAUCCACAGAUCUAACUUAAUUGGCAUGGGAAUUUUACCACUGCAAUUCAAGCAAGGAGAAAGUGCAGCUACUUAUGGCCUGACUGGAACUGAGAGAUAUACAAUUGCUCUUGGAGGACAAGUUAAAGUGAACCAAAUGAUUGAAGUAACUACAAGUGAUGGAAAAAGAUUUGAAGUCAUGACAAGAAUUGACACUGAUGUAGAAGUGGAGUAUUUCAGACAUAACGGCAUUCUGAAUUACGUCUUAAGAAAGCUUAAUAAAGCAUAA